AUGAGCAGAGGACCACCAGCAACGGCUGAGGAGGACCUGUCACUUCUGGCCCAUUUGUCCGGCCCAGUCAGCUACGAUGACCCCGGUCUCCUUCAUAUAGUGACUCGCUCCUUCCUGCACCCGCCAGCCACCCUCCCUUAUCGCCUUUUCAAACACCUGAAGCACAACAUGGAAACAUUCAGAUAUUAUUUAUACGAAAGAAAUGGCUCUUUUAAGUUCUACGAAAGGGUCAUGCAUGAUCUAUUCGAGGGAGCACCUCCGGGAUUCUUUGUGGAGGCAGGAGCAUUGGACGGGGAGUUUCUCUCGAAUACACUGUCUUUGGAAAAGGACAGUGGAUGGACGGGGCUGCUAGUGGAAGCCAACAAGGAAAUGUUUAACCAGUUGUUGCAAAAGCGAAGGCGGUCAUGGGCAAGCCAUACUUGCCUGGCCACCAAAGCUCACCCGCACCUCGCCAUAUUCGUCAAAUUUCUACGAAAUGCACAAUUUGAUUCUUACACCAGUUUUGCUGUGAGGUCUUAUGGAUCCCUGAUGAGCGUGGCUGGAGGGGGUACCUUGGACAUGACGGAGCCGGGCCAUCGAAUCUACGAGUCUGUGCAGUGCUUGCCUUUGGCUACGCUGCUCCUGGCGAUAAAUAUCACCCACGUAGAUAUGGUGUCACUGGAUGUUGAGGGCGCCGAGGAAGACAUCUUGCGUCACUUUCCCUGGGAUCGCAUCACGGUAGACGUCUGGCUGGUAGAACACCAAAUUCACACUCCUGCUGACUCUAUAUAUUCUGCCCAUAAUUCCCCUUCGGGAUCGCUACCUGAAGCCUCCAGAGGAUUAGAAGCUACAAAAAAUCACAAAUUAUCAACAACUUCUUCAAAACAAAAGAAAGUUGACGGAGAGUUUGUCAAUAUGUUCACCACACAUGGUUAUGUACUGUACGAAGUGAAAACUCCUCAUAUUCCCAACUAUGUAUUCAUACUACAAGAUUCUGAUGUACACAAGAGACUCAAAGCAAAGGGUUGGGUAGCAAAGUCUCCGACUUAGGAACGCAUUCAUUAUAAUAUAAUUUUGGCUUCACCAUGAUUAUAAUCUCAAUUACUUUUAACAUUCCUAAAGCUUGAUUGCUGGAUUAUCUAGUUAUGUCCAAGUGAGAAAAUGCAGGAAAACAAGGAAGAGGCACCACCUGGGCGACCAGUCUGGCAUAGUGAAAUAUACAACUCUAUAUUCCUGCAGUGUUGCAUCAGUAUUGUUAUACAGCUCUUGGUAUAGCUCCAUUUCCUCAGAUAAAGAGCUUGUCAUUAGUAUCAAAGUUUGUAUUACUUUAAGUACCGUAAAACUGAGGUAAAAUAUGUAAAUAAAAACUUAGGAAAACUUAAAAUAAAUCUGUGUAAAUUAAGAUAAUGACUAACACGGGAGCCAACAUGAACGAUAAUUUUACAGAUUUUUAUAUUAGCAAUCUUAGAUUAGACUUUCAUCUAGAAUUAAUUUCAAAUGAGAUGAUGUAUGGCAGAGAUGCUAUAUUAACAUUCAUU